GCCCCUCCUCCCCCGGCCGGCGUUGUGUAACCGGGCACCGCGGGACGAGGGGCUGGGCCAGCCCCCGCCGCCGCGGGACUCCGGGAGCAACCGGACGCCGGGCCCGCUGCGCCUACGGGCCGAGGGGCAGGAGGAACAGGAGCAGCGCAUUUAGAUUUGGAUGGUGACGCUCUGAGGACCACUGCAUCCCUCCAGCAGAUCUCUGCUUGCAGAAGAGAAAUGCUUACCAGCAGGAGAGCCGUGAUCAGCAGUUGUGUGGCAUCCUCUUUUCGGGGUGAUAUGUUGUAAAGACCCUGGAGCGUCAGCCAGGUAACCCUUGAGAUGUCUCCUCCUGAAAUCCAGAAACUUUUCACUGCCAGAGCCAGUGUUGUAUGAGGUCUCUGAUGAGAUGAGGGCUCCUGCAGAGUUGUUCUCCUUGCGGCCCAUUCUGUACGAACAGGGGCAGAGCUCCUUGAAAUCAUCUUCUCACUGUUGAUAUAUGAAGGGUUUGCUGAUGGCCACAUCUGUGGGGUUAUAAAAUGUUUUUGCAGUAAAUGGAGGUCUGGCUGCUCUGUCUGUUUUGAUUCCUUUGUUCUGCAGGUCUGAGAAGAACAGACAGGAUGCCACAUCGCACCAUUCAUCUUUUCCGGAAGGGACUUCGGCUUCACGACAACCCAACGUUGCUGGCUGCGCUGGAGUGCUCGGAGGUCCUCUACCCUGUCUACAUCCUGGACAGAAAGUUCAUGACGUCCGUGAUGCACAUAGGAACCCUGCGGUGGCAUUUUCUGCUGCAGUCCCUGGAGGAUCUCCAGAAAAACUUGUAUAAGCUGGGCUCUUGCUUGCUGGUUAUUCAAGGAGAGUACGAGUCUGUUCUUAGAGAUCACAUCCAGAAGUGGAAUAUCACGCAAGUGACUCUGGAUGCAGAGAUGGAGCCAUUUUACAAGGAGAUGGAGGCCAACAUACGACGUCUGGGAGAAGAGCUGGGGUUUGAGGUGCUUUCUCUGGUGGGCCACAGUCUUUACAAUACCAAACGGAUUUUGGACCUGAACAGUGGGACUCCCCCAUUAACAUACAAGAGGUUCCUUCACAUUCUGUCUCUGCUCGGUGACCCUGAGGUGCCUGUACGAAACCUUACAGCUGAAGACUUCCAGAAAUGUAGGCCCCCUGACCUGGGCCUGGCUGAGUGUUACAGGGUGCCUCUCCCUGUGGAUUUGAAGAUAACUGCGGCAAGCCUCUCUCCCUGGAGAGGAGGAGAGACCGAAGGGCUACAGCGCUUGGAGCAACACUUGACUGACCAGGGCUGGGUGGCAAGUUUUACUAAACCGAGAACAAUCCCAAAUUCGCUGCUUCCAAGCACCACAGGCCUGAGCCCAUAUUUCAGUAUGGGCUGUCUGUCAGUUCGCACCUUUUUUUAUAGGUUGUCAAACAUUUAUGCUCAGGCCAAGCAUCACUCUCUGCCCCCGGUGUCGCUUCAAGGGCAGCUUCUGUGGAGGGAAUUCUUCUAUACGGUGGCAUCAGCAACACCAAAUUUCACCAAAAUGGCUGGGAACCCCAUCUGCCUUCAGAUCAGUUGGUAUGAGGAUGCUGAGCGGCUCCACAAAUGGAAAACGGCACAGACAGGGUUCCCAUGGAUCGAUGCGAUUAUGACCCAGCUGCGCCAGGAAGGCUGGAUCCAUCAUCUUGCUCGGCACGCUGUCGCCUGCUUCCUGACGCGGGGGGACCUUUGGAUCAGCUGGGAAGAGGGCAUGAAGGUGUUUGAAGAGCUGCUGUUAGAUGCUGACUACAGCAUCAAUGCAGGGAACUGGAUGUGGCUGUCGGCCAGUGCAUUCUUCCACCAGUACACGCGGAUCUUCUGCCCCAUCCGCUUUGGGAAGCGCACAGACCCUGAGGGACAGUACAUUCGGAAAUACUUGCCUAUACUAAAGAACUUUCCCUCCAAGUACAUCUAUGAGCCCUGGACAGCAACUGAAGAGGAGCAGAAGCAAGCAGGGUGUAUCAUAGGUCAAGAUUACCCCUUCCCAAUGGUGAACCACAAGGAAGCCAGCGACCACAACCUGCAGCUGAUGAAACAGGUCAGAGAGGAACAGUACAGAACAGCCCAGCUCACGAGAGAUGAUUCGGAUGACCCAAUGGAAAUGAAGGUAAAGCGUGACCACUCUGAAGAAAAUGUAUCAAAAGGAAAAGUAGCCAGGAUGACAGAACAAACCAAGAUCCCAUCAGGGAUUACUCAUUGGGAACCGAAAAAUGGCAAAAGGGGAGAGCCAGAGGCCAGCUGAACUGGACAAACUGUACACAGUACUUUGCCCCGCAAAUGGUGCCUCUUAUUGUGAACUGACCUCCAAGAAAAGUGUCGUAUCUUGAAUGUGUUUGUUAGUGUAGUUAUUUUGAAUGAAAUUGUGUGUAUGUGA